AUGUUCAUCCACCGCCUUGACCUCACCACUGCUCUGCGUCCUGAGCUCCUGCCGGACGAGGCGCUCUUGUUCGUGCAGGAUGCCGUCGGCCUGUACGAAGGCAAGUACAAAAUACCCGACUACCAAGAUGGCCACGCCUACUUGACCUCGCACCGUGUCUGCUAUGUCGACAACAAAGAGCCGCGCAAAUCCUCCGUCGCCGUCAGCCUGAAGGACGUCGAGCGCCCUGAGUUCUAUGCUGGCUUCCUGAAGUCGUCGCCCAAGGUCACCGUUUAUCCCAAGCCCAACAAGCGUCCAAACCUCGCGGCGACGCGCGGUCCAGUUCCCAUUAGCGGGAGCAGCGCAGGAUACAGUCCUGCCUCGACCCCGCCGCGCCACGGCAGCCCUCUACGUCCCUUACCGACUACACCCGCACCUCCUCCAAGCGCGUCCGCGACGUGGGUGUGCCCGAUAUGCUCGUUCUCCAAUCCCGUGCCAUCAAACUUCGAUCCCGCUCUGGCAAACACCAAUACGCCGCUGCCGCCGUGCUUGGCUUGCGGCUUGAAGCCUCCACUUGUGCACCUUAUCAAAGCUGCUAUCGCAGCGAACCGGCAGGUGCAAGCCGAGUUACCAGGCAGUCAAAGGGCAUCUGAGUGUCCUUCCACACCAGCGAGUGCGCGGAUUACUGGAUCCUCUCCGAGCGCCGCUGCCUUUCAGUGUCCAAGAUGCACGUUCCAAAACCAUCCGUCGCUGUUGAGCUGUGAGAUGUGCGGCGCUUCUCUCGUCAACGCCGUAAACAAGCGUACGGACAUCAACCACUCUCCAAUACACAGAAACGAAUCGCCUGCACCUGUCCUCAGUGGCGCGCCUAUCGGCGACGAUAUACCGGAAUGCAUCAAGUUUUCCUUUCGGGCUGGCGGAGGACCGAUAUUUUUCGAGAGGCUGAAGGGUGCUCUCCUACAAAGGAAAUGGCUGUUGCAGAGUGCCCCGCCUAUCCCUAGGCCGAUCGAAAGUUCUACGCCAUCACAAAGCCCAGGCGAUCUGCCGAUCAGAAACAAAGCGGUCGGGAUCGGGGGUCUUGAGCGACGCGGAAUUGAGCAGCGCCAGAACAACGAGAUCAUGAUCGGCAGUGCAUUUGAGGAUCUCGAGGCUUUGAUGACUUCAGCCAAAGAAAUCAUAGCUCUGGCGGAACAGUUUGCCAGCCAGGCGAAUUUGAACGGGAACGGAAACUCGGAAGCGGACGCAGCUCUGGCUCAGUCGGCUUCUGCGUUGGGAUUAGUCACAACAAAGGAUAUGCUGGGUUCGGGUUCGGACACACUCUAUAUCUCAGAGCUGUCGCGUAACUUGGCAGAGUUCUUGACGGAUGACAGAAAAGGCAUCCUAAAGCGUGAGGGUGGCAUCAUGAGCCUGGUGGACCUUUGGGCCGUCUUUAACCGAGCUCGAGGGGGUGUUGAGCUCGUCAGCCCCACAGACUUUGAGAAGGCGGCUCAGAUGUGGGAUAAGCUCAGGCUACCGAUUCGUCUUCGACGCUUCAAGAGUGGACUACUUGUUGUGCAAGGUCGCGACCGGACCGAUGAAAAGACGAUAGCCAGUCUACUAAGCUGGCUUCAGGAGCUCCAUACUGCUGCUCCGCCUGGAGAAGCCGGUUGGGACUGGGAAACGUACGGACGAGGGGUCACAGCGCAAGAAGCCGCGGAAUGGUUUGGUUGGAGUGUAGGUGUGGCAACAGAGGAGCUCGAGAUGGCUGAGGAGAAGGGCGUGCUGUGCCGAGAGCAAGGCCUGGACGGCAUCAAGUUCUGGGAAAAUUGGAUCGUGAAGCUGCCGCGCGUGGAGGAUAUUGUGGUAGAAGAGUAG